UCAGAAGAUGCAGGGCCCGUUCAACACGCUUUCGGUUGGACAAAUCCCGAGAAUUUUGGUGCUCAUCUUGCAAAAUGGCGAGUCCGGCGCUCCGACGUGCCGCUGUUCGGCUCUUUCCCUCAUCAUUAGAGACAUCCCAAAGAUGGCUCCUUCGACAGGGGCCUCUGUCCGUGUCUUGCCAUAAGUGCUUUCCUCAAGAAGGCCGGGUCUUGCUCUUGUCUCACCGCUUAAAUGUUGGCCAUACGGGCUUCAUGACCAGGACCAUUGCAACUGCUGCCACUGGGCCACCUCCUCAAAGACCACAAAGCAAGCGGACGAGAGAGCUACCAAUAAUUCCUGACCGACGGCCAAUCUUUGCCGCCGCAGCCUUAGUCGUAGUAACCAUAUGGACCGCAUUUGCGUCAUAUGCAACAAACAAAGAACGUCUCUCUUCUUCUGUCUUUCGAUCCGUCCUGACGCAGAUCAAGGAUUCAGACAACGUCAAUGAGGCACUCGGCAGUCCCGUGCUACUGGAACCGAGUAUUUUGGGGGAUCCUUGGGUGGCUGGAUCUGUCAACAUGAUGCAAGGCAAGGUCGACAUCAGCUUCCGAGUCAAAGGGCCGCGUAGCUCGGGCACAGUCUACUUCACCUCCAUACGGCGCAAUCAAAUGCGAACGUUCGAAGUAUUGCGCUUCCUUGUCGUCACUGAUCGUGAUGAGACCAUCAGCAUGCUUGAUGAAGAUCGGACCAAUGCAAGCAUGACCCAUGAUUCGGAUGGUGACAUGACCUUUGUAUGAAGGCAUCUUGUGUUGCAUGUGAUUGCAAAAUUGUGACAGUCUGACUGAAGAGCAGAUUCGUG